CAUGCUCAGUUAUGAGAAUGAAGUGACUCUUGGCUUUGUAGUCAUUUUCACUUUGUCUAGUAAAUUUAUUAUAUAAUUUUGAAAUCAUGAAAAUCUGUGCAGAACCAACUAAUCACAUCAAUAUGACAAUCCUACCUCUCCCUUAUCAAAGACUGAACCAGAAGUCCACAUCACUUUAUCUCCCGAGUCUCGUCGUUCCGGGUUUAAUGCAUCCUUCUGUCUUUACAAGCACAGACGCUGAAAAUGUUGAUCCUCUUACAACAAACAUCUCAUCUGAGAAAGGAUUUCUACAUUUUCUAUGGCCAAGGAUGAAAGGAAUGGAUCCUAAACUCCGUGGCACACUCUUGUUUGGGGCUGUUGUGAUCCAAGUUCUUCUCUUGGGACACGGUGCCACAUUGGAUUUCCAAGCUGGAAACUUUUCAGACACCGAUCAGAAUUUUGGAGAAGCAUUUUUCACAUUAUUACCGGAGAUGGUAGAUAUCGCCACCUUCAUUGGGUGUAUUUUUCUAGAGGUGAUCCUGCUCUGGCGUGUGCAUCCUGGAGCACAAUGUGUUCUUAUGCCCUUCAUGAUGUAUGCGCCGCUAUAUUAUUUCGCUGAUCUAGCACGCAAGGCUUCUGGGAUUGGCGUAAAUUGCAAGACAUUCAAGAUGCCGGCCAUAUGGUUUGCUGCCGUAGGGGGUGUUGGCAUCUUCUUGGUAGCCGGUUUGAUGAUUUUGGGGGUGGUCUAUGAUGCAUGGCUAUACAAUAACAAGAGAGGACUGAGAGUGAGGGAAGAGUGAUCAGUCCAAAUGACAUAACACAGACUCUGGAGAAUAUAUAAUGACUCAUACAGCUUUGUGUUGUGUUUAAAUAAGUGAAAUUGGACUAUGUAAACCUAACAACUUAUUCUGUCUUGCUAAUGUUAGCCAUGUGUGAUACUUGAUAAGAUAAUGGUUUAUGGAUGGACGUGUUUAAUUAUUCAAUGUUCAUCUUUGUUCACUAUUCAUUUAUUUGGUACUCUCUUCAUGGUAGUAUCCAUUCGUAUUCAAUGGAUGGAAGAGCAUAACAAGCUGUGGAAUUCUGUUACCUAUGGACUAUAGUACUGAUAUUCACUCUUUAAAGGUAGGGGUUAAUGUCCCUUACCAUGGUAUUUUCCUAUUUCUCCAUAAAUUGCAAUUGGAGAAUUCAAUCUUCACAAACCAGGGAUGCAAAGUUAUGAUGUACUUAUUGUUAUUUA